ACACAACUUAGAGAACUCUUUUCAGUCCCUUAUUGUAUUUGUGGGAAAAGAGGAACUGAUAAAAAAAAAUGCAACAUGCUUUCUGAAUCAGACCGAAGAAUUGGACACAAAGCCCUUUGACACCUAGUGAAUUUUUUAAAUUUAAUCUAAAGACCAAUAAAUCAAGCCCUUAAAUAUUAAAGCUGUGCUCAUCUGAGAAUUGCUAACUGCUGUUUCUGCUGACUGGGUCCUUUGGUAUUUGGUUAAAUAUAUCAAUUCCUGAAAAGCUCUGACACCUGAGCAGAGCUUUGCCUAAAAUCCAAGUCAAAACCUAUUUCCAUAAGGAUGAAAUGCUGAAUAAAAGCACAAAACUGUGGGGCCAUCGAAGCUUGUUCCACAUCAUUUCAGCACACUGAAUCUACUUUAAAAGCAAUUAAUUGCUACAGAAGUGCAUCACCAAAUAUCUGAGAUCCAAAUCUUUCCUGAUGUCAAUACAAAUUUCCAGUAAUCAAAUCAAUAGUAGAAAAAGUAGCUCUGAUUUUUAAUUGCUGUUCCUGACACCGUGGUUCCGUACAGCUGUGAACUAUUUUGCUCUAUUAACACUUCCUGUUUCAACGUGCUCAGAGUUGAUGGAAUUACAACGAACGUCGUUGUUUUCACACAUCUAGUCAGCUCCUUGGGGAACUGGGAACAAAUUGAUUGUUCUGCAUAUAUUUUUAGGGUGUAUUGUCUUCUCUUGAACGUGAGAUAUUUGUAUUAUUUGUCUUUACUUUAAAAGUGUCCUUACAUCUCCCCAGAGAAGGAUAAAUAAUUUAAAAAAUCGUGGAUGUGAAUAUUUACAAAGAAUGUUGCAGCAAGUGACUUAUUUUCAGAAAUCUACAAAUUCUAUAAUUUAUUUUAAAAACUGUGUAGCUGUAAAUCUGUGCUUCUCAGACCAUUACAUUUCAUAACAGUGCCAUCUACUGGGUGAGGCCCACAAACUAAAUCAAAGUACAUUUUUCCUCCUAUUUUUUUUUCAAUUGAACCACUGUUUCCCUCUGAAGCUUUUCUUUUAAUUACUGAUAUCCAACACCUCCUCUAAAGGGCAAUAUAAACAGAUAUGGAAAAGUAACUGCAGAAAGCUGGUAGUGAGUGAAAACUGCUGAAGAUUUCACAUUGCAAUGUUUCUUUUAAAUACAACAGUAGCCUAUUAUUACUAUUUGGAUCAAUUCUUCCUAACCAAUCUGGUGUCAUAUUGAAAAGAAAACUAGAAAUCCAAGUCUUGACUGCAUUUCAUGUCAUGUACACUGCCACGUACUUUGGAAAUUCAUUCAGACAAAAAAAAAACAAAACAAAAAACGGAAAGGAAAGAAAUUCCUUCUUUCAGAGAUGUUAGCUUCACUUGUUUAUUUACAUGAUGAACACAGUCCCUGGUUCACGUCUCCAAGGUUCAUUUUCCAGCAGCAUGCAUAUGGUAUAUGUAUGUGUGCAUAUGGUGAUUCCUAGCAAAGCCCUCUGCAGACAUCUACGGUACCAGAAGCUCUUCCAGAACAGAGAACCUCUCAGGAUAAGAAACUACAACUGAGAAUAACAUUUAUAAUCCCACUGAAAGAUGCAGAUUUCCCUGGAGACUUACAAUAAUACUGAUACAGUGUGAAGAGUGCAGUCUUCAUACAUAAUGUUAUCUCAUAUUAUUUUCGUUCUCAAGUAAAAGAAGUCCCAUUAUUUUAUUUUUUACUGAAAGCCUCUUUUUAUCAACAUAACUUAAUCAUUUCCAUAUAGAACUUCAUCUGAAGUCUCCUUUUCAUUACUGCCCCUAGUGUUAUCCUAGGGAUUGCAGUCUGGCUUUUACACAAACCUCAUCAGUAAGGCCCAGCUACCGAGUCCUGUCACAAUGCUUCAUAGAUCUUAUGUAAAAAGUGACUGCAUUUGCACUUGGCAAGGUGAUUACAGGAGCUGAAAAGGAAACGUGUAUUUAAGGAGAUGAAACAGGUAAGCACAAGGAUCAGGUAGUUUCCCAUCCUCUACAUGUAUAGUUGCAAUGAUCAGCAUAUGCCAAAAGAAAUAUGUUUGCUCCCAUUUCAAGUCCAAAACCCAAAUUUUAAGAGAAAAUAAAACUUGUGAGGACAUAGAUGCACUGAACUACGGGAUAGAUGCCAGAUGCCCUGACUGCACACGGUGAGGGAGGCAACUGAGCUCUCAGAUGAAGGCUGUACAUGGAACGCCCUGAAGACAACUAAACUUCUUUCUUUGGAAAGGCAAGGAAAGAUUCUCAGUAACUGCUUCCCACCACAGACACACACCAUAUGAAAUUCCUUCUUUGGAAAAAAAAAAAAGAGCAAAACCAAAUGAUUUGAGUCUGGGAAACACAUCCCAAGUGUUGGGAGCUGUGCAAGGCAGCUGCCCACUGCUUCACCCACACACCUACUGCCCCCCAAGAGAGAAGUAUGCAACACCACGCUGCCUCCUGCACACCUCUCCUUCUCCACCACCCUCCUGUGAGCGUCUUAAGGGCUGUGCUGCUGUUCUGGGACGAGGAACAGCUUGCCACAACAGGAAAACGCACAAAUGCUUCCAGUUCCUCUCUCAACAUCUGCAUUUCUACACAUGCUUCCUGCCAGCUGCAAAAUAAAUAUUUGUCUUGUGGUUAAUUGUCAUCAUUUCCAUAUAAGAAAUGCAGGCAGAGAUGAAGAUUGACUUAAAGGAAAUCAAAUUUUCUUUUUUUUUUAAAGAAGAAGAAGAAAGAAGUUGUGAGGAAAUUUUUCAGUGUUGCAGCACACCAGGCUUGUUGCCUCCAGAGAUGGGAGAAUUGAUGAGAAAUAAGACAAGAUGCACAAGAGCACUUUAAGACAUUAGCUGCAUUUCUAGUCUCUUUUUCACAUGGGCAGGGCCUGGAGCUCUUCCAAAGGCACUGCCUUUACAUAUAUAUACAUGAACAACAUUACUGUUGUAUACUUAAGGAACACAGAGAACAGCAGAGCAACUGAGACACUGCUCUGCUGAAUGUAAGCUCUGACCUGGAGAUUUUAACAAUUCAGGGCUGCCUAUGAAUUUGCAACUAAUAUUUCCCAAUGUCCAGAUUCUCAGUUCUGACCAUUGGGUCUCAAGCCCAAAAGGAUAUCAAAGAAAGAAGAAUCAAAGGACAGACUCAUGGAGAGCUCAAACCUCUCAACAGAUUCAGAAUGCAACUGCAGACUGCAGAGAGAUCCUUUCCAACCCCAAGCUCACACCUCUUCAUGGUACUUUGGAAGUAGUGAUGAACCAGAAUGUAAGCCUCUCUUGUCACUCAGACUCUGGAUCUCCUCCUGUCAGAUAUACGCUAUUUAAACACAAUCAGAAGGUAUCUGCUUUAAAUAGGACAGACUUGACUCCAGUUUUGUUUAACUUAACCAUCAAUUCUGCCAGCGAUGUGGGUGAAUACAAGUGCAAAGCUGAGAAUGAAAUCUCCAAUGGUGAAAAAUACAGCAGAAGUCUCAACUUCACACUUAAAGAGCCAGUUUCCAAACCAGUGCUGAGCUCACCCAAUUCUCAAGCAAAGACAGGUCAAAACGUGACCUUGUCUUGUCUCUCAGAGAAAGGCUCUCUCCCUAUCACAUACACAUUCUUCAAAGACAAACAGAGCAUCCAAACCCCAGUGAAGAUGCAGAAGAGGGAAGCAGCAGUGAUUUCAGUACUUAUCAAAUCCUCGAGUGACUUUGGAAUGUAUAAAUGCAAAGCUGAAAAUCGCCUUCGCAAUAAAACAAAAUACAGCAACAGUUUCAAUUUCACAUUAGCAGAGGAGAGAAGCAGUUCUCAACCCCUGAUCAUUUCCCUUGGACUGAUCUUACUACUGUUAGCAAUAGGACUUGCUCUGGCAAUUCCAUUUUUCAUAAUUCCUUCAUAUAAAGCAAAAAAAUUUACACCUCCUAGAUCCUCAACUGGCCAUACUUCAACAGAGAAAGUUGAAGAGUCAGAAGACUACAUCACAUACGCAGAGAUUGAGCCAAUUCAACCAGAAGAAGAAUAUGUCAACCUCUCCGUUAUACAAAGAGAUGAACAAGAGAACAGAGCAUCUACUACAAUCUAUUCAAAGGUCCUCAUCAGAGAUGGAGCACAAGCUGGACCACUCCAUUCUCCAGAGUAGAAUCACUUAUCAAGACCAUGAAGAGAACACUCAUCUCAUCGUACCUGCAAAGAAAAGAUCACAUCCAUUACUGUUUUUGAUGUAUGAAAUUUCAUAUAAGUUAUGUAUCAUAACCUGAAUGUAUUUAUUUUGGCUACAACGCACUAAGCUCAGUGCCAAGACACUCAUUUUCUUAUGAACAUUCCUUGCUCUCCUGACUACAUUUCUUUAAAUUAUUACAUUACUUUAGUGCAUUAAUUGUUAUUUAAUGACCUAUUGUAAGAGUAUUUUUAUAGACGUGAUUAUUCUGUUAUUUAAUAGCCAGACUUUGAAGACUACUGUACAUGAACCAACCAUUAUAUCUGUUUUUCACACACAUUUUCUCUGUGGAAAAGAAAUCAUUCAUCAAUAUGCUCAUGAUUGAUGGACAUGAGCCCAAAAAGUACUGCUGAUCCACAAAUCAUGUAGGAAGAGAAUACUGGAAUACUGGUUUUUAUUUGCUUAAAUAAUUCCUGCACAUACAUCAUUUAGACUUAAGGAACUUUUAAGUUCAGAACUAGGAACAGUGUGCCAGCUGAAGCAGCAUUUAAGAAUAGAACACAGAACUGGUGCAGAUGCAAAAAAAGAGGAAGACAGGACAGUUUUGCAAGUUUAUGACUCAUCUUAAGGAAUUUACUUUCUUAGGAGAGUCACUAAAAGAGAUCUCACAAUUCAAACAACCCUGGAAAAAGUGUGAAAGGCUAGUAGUAGGCAUUGCUCCUUCUAAUGAAAAUCAAUAAAUCUGAGUUUAUAGUUCAGACCAUAUGCCUUUAUUCAUGUAGUUACUGCACUCAGUAACUUCUAACUGAAAAAAGCACAUUUUUGCUAGUUCACAGAAAAUCACCCUUCAUCUUUGUACAUUAACUAACUAAAAAAUGCUUCU